CCGGUUCCUCUGGCAGAUCAGCUGACUCUGAUGCUGCUGUCAGGAGACCUCACCAACUGUACUGAAUGGCAACUAUGAAAAUCAUCAAGCCAUAGAAACACUAUUAACAACUACAUUUUUCACUUUAACGGCCACACUUGUUAUUCACAGUUAUUUCUAGCUGCACCAGUGCUGUAACCAUGACAGAGUUUUGGUUGAUCUCUGCUCCGGGAGAGAAGACCUGCCAGCAAACAUGGGACAAAAUGAUGGCAGCCACUACACGUACCAACAACCUUUCCACCAACCACAAGUUCAACAUCCCAGACCUCAAGGUGGGGACACUCGAUGUCUUGGUUGGGCUGUCGGAUGAACUGGCCAAGUUAGACUCCUUUGUUGAAAGUGUGGUGAAGAAGGUUGCUCAGUACAUGGCUGAUGUGCUGGAAGACAGUCGAGACAAAGUACAGGAAAACCUGCUGGCCAACGGAGUCGAUCUUGUCACCUACAUCACACGAUUUCAGUGGGACAUGGCAAAAUAUCCCAUCAAACAGUCACUUAAAAACAUCUCUGAAAUCAUCUCAAAGCAAGUUACCCAGAUUGACAAUGACUUGAAGACCAGAGCAUCAGCUUAUAACAACCUGAAGGGAAACCUGCAGAACUUGGAAAGGAAGAAUGCGGGGAGCUUGCUGACCAGGAGCCUGGCUGACAUAGUCAAGAAGGAAGACUUUGUACUUGACUCAGAGUACCUCAUCACUCUGCUAGUAGUCGUACCAAAGACGGCAUACACUGACUGGCAGAAAACAUAUGAAACACUGGCUGAGAUGGUGGUGCCUCGAUCUUCAAAUCUGCUAUUUGAGGACAAUGACAGCGGACUUUUCAGUGUCACUCUAUUUAUGAAAGCCAUUGACGACUUCAAGCACAAAGCCAGAGAGAACAAGUUUACAGUGAGAGACUUUCAGUACAAUGAGGAGGAGAUGAAGGCGGACAAAGAGGAGAUGACUCGGCUCUCCACAGAUAAGAAGAAGCAGUUUGGCCCACUUGUCCGAUGGCUGAAGGUGAACUUCAGUGAAGCCUUCAUCGCGUGGAUUCACAUUAAAGCACUAAGGGUCUUUGUGGAAUCUGUUUUAAGAUAUGGGCUGCCGGUGAACUUCCAGGCCAUGCUCCUGCAGCCAAGCAAGAAGAACAUGAAGAAGCUGAGGGAGGUGCUGAAUGACCUGUACAAACAUCUGGACAGCAGUGCAGCAGCUAUCAUUGAUUCUGCGAUGGACAUCCCGGGUCUAAACCUGAGCCAGCAGGAGUAUUAUCCUUACGUCUACUACAAGAUUGAUUGCAACCUGUUGGACUUUAAAGUUUAACACUUAUUGUCUUUAUCUUGAGUACUGAUUAAGUUGGACCUUUGCUGGUGCAAACCUCCUCCUCCUCCCCCCCACCUCCCCCGCUGUGUGUCUCCUCACCGUCCCAUCUCCCAAUCAGCUGCUUGAACGACAACGCUGCAUGUUCAUUCCUUGUGGUGAAAAGGCUCGUCAGCAAGCUUCUCCCACUUUUACAAGCAAGGAACAAAAAAAAAAGACUUUUAAUUAUUGUUUUUGUUUACAGUUUGUUUUUCUUCUCAAGCCACACAGAUAAUUAGCUUUUUUUGACGUGAAGUGGAUUAACAAAUCAUUUUGGAAAGUUGUAUAUUUACUGUCAUUCCAUUGCUGGUGUGUAUUGAUAGCUUGUGUAUCGAUGUUCAGAGAUUUGUGUUUACAUACUGGCGAUGCUAUCACCGUACCCAUGGCAAACAGAUCUUGUGUGUGUUUCUGAGACUGCAGGGUCACCCUUGCAGACACUGUGCAACAAAGAUGUGAUAUGAGUGUGUGUUGUUGUCUCAUGUUGUGUAUAUUUGCUGUCAAAUAAGAUCUGUAUCAGAGUAUUGUGUAAGCCAUUGAUUGAAUUAAUAUGAUUGAUGAAUAAAUCAUAUCAAACACGUGAA